UUUGCGGCCGGGCCGGGCGCGCUUUACGACCGGAGGGGCCGCCCGUGGCCGGCGGCAUUCGCGACAGUGGGGAGAAGGCGGGGGCGCUUUACAGCCGCGGGGGAGGGGGCGGUACGAUGCCCCUGGAGGUGUCUUGGCCCUUUCCACCGGCCCCGCGGCUGCCCUGGACCCUGGCCAGUCGCCUGAUCACCGGCCUGGUGGGCACCUACAGCUGCUUCUGGACAAGGCGCAUGAACCGGCUGCGGGUCCAUAACAAGGAGGUUCUGUACGAUUUGGUCGAGCGGCGCCAGCCCGGCACCCCCCUCAUCACCGUGUCCAACCACCAGUCCUGCAUGGAUGACCCCCACCUCUGGGGUAUAUUGAAGCUUCGGCACGUCUGGAACGUGAAGAAGAUGCGCUGGACCCCCACGGCCGCUGACAUCUGCUUCACCCGAGAGUUGCAUUCGCGCUUCUUCAGCCUGGGUCAGUGCGUCCCCGUGUGCCGAGGGGAUGGCGUCUAUCAGAAGGGGAUGGAUUUCAUCCUGGAGAAGCUCAACCGCGGGGACUGGGUGCACAUCUUCCCUGAGGGCAAGGUGAACAUGAGCCAGGAAUUCAUGCGCUUCAAGUGGGGGAUCGGGCGACUCCUGGCCGAGUGCCGGCAGCACCCCGUCAUCCUGCCCCUCUGGCACGUUGGUCUGAACGAUGUGCUGCCCAACACCCCCCCGUAUGUGCCGCGUGUCGGCCAGCGGAUCACUGUUCUCAUCGGGAAACCAUUCAGCGUCCGGCCCGUGCUGGAGCGUCUCCAGGCUGAGAACAAGUCAGCGGUGGAGAUGCGCAAGGCGCUGACGGAUUUCAUCCAGGGCGAGAUCCAGGUGCUGAAGGGCCAGGCCGAGCGGUUGCAUCAGACGUUCCAGUGGCAGAGAUAGCCCGGGGGGGGUGGGGGGGGCUGGCCUCCCUGCCCCACAGCUCCGCCCCACUCACCGGCCUCCCUGCCCCACAGCUGUGCUCCACAUGCACGCCGGCACCUCCCCUCUUCCCCACAUGCUGGCAGGCUGGCACCUCCCUGCCCGACACAUCUGCCCCACAUGCCAGCCGGCUGGCCCAUUCCUCUCCUCCCCCCCCCCACUCACCGGCAGGCCGGUCCCUCCCAAUCUGACACCUCUGCCCCACAUGCUGGCUCCUCUCCUCUGCCUCACAUGCCAGCCAGCUGGCCCAUUCCCUGGCCCACUCGCUGGCUGACUGGCCAUCCCCGCCCCCCGUGAUAGGAGAUUGUCCCAUUGCUGGGGCUGCCCCUCACCUGCUAUGGGGCAGGGUCUGGCUGAGCAGCCCACAUGUAGGGACCUCCUGGAAGCCAUUGGAGCCUCCUGUCCCCCUGGACUCUUCCUGUGGCCCCCCUGGACCGUACUGGUGAAAGCCUUACAAAGGGGGGGCAGCCCCUGAGGGGCUGCUGGCCACACCCCAUCCAAGCUGUGGGGGCCCCGCUGGGUCAGGCUGGAUUGGAAGGGGUGUUUCCUCCUGGGGGGGGAAUACCCCCCCCCAACAUGCAUGGGGGUCAAAGUGGGCUGCUGGCUCAACUCCCCUAAAUCAUGCAGAAAGACAAUGACUUGCAUGAGUCAGGAUGGGGGCCCCACCAGCAUCCCCCUUCUCCUGCUCCCUGCGGUCCCUGACACCCAGCCCUCCCCCCCAUUUUUUUUACGCUGGACUUUUCCAAUAAAGGAUUUUAACCCUGA